CGAGUGGCUGAGGACAAAGACUUUGAACUUCUCAAGAUCUAUUUAUCGCGGAAUGAUGGAUGGCGAUUGGAAUACGAGACUGGGAAAACGGCCGUGUGGACCCGCAUCCCACCCACCGACGCCGAAACCCUCGUCAACGGCUGCAAAAGCUCGGACUUCAAGAUGAUUCGGGUGAAAACGACAUUCCCUGACAUUCCCGCUUCAGUGCUUUAUGACGUGCUACAUGAUCCAGAGUACCGGAAAACCUGGGACAAGUUCAUGUUGGAGUCCAAAGAAAUCGGGCAUCUGAAUCCAAACAACAACAUCAGUUACUAUUCGUUGGCUUGUCCUGCUCCAGUGAAAAAUAGAGAUUUUGUCAUUCAGAGCUCUUGGUUGGAGACACCCAAGGAAUAUAUGAUCAUCAAUCAUUCUGUGUUUCACAGGGACUUCCCAACCAGAAAAGGAUUCGUUCGCGGAACUUCGUAUCUCACAGGUUUUCAUAUCAAGACGGCUGGUCAAGGUUGUGAGCUGGGUUACUUGACUCAUUCGAAUCCCAAGGGUAACCUUCCUUCUUGGGUUUCCAACAAGCUGUCCUCCAACUUUGCGCCCAAGCUCAUUAGGAAGCUUCACAAGGCCUGUCAAAAGUACCCAAGCUGGAAGAGCCAACACGGAAAGGCCCAGAAACCUUGGCUCUUCCCCGAACUUAUUGCAAGCCCAAGAAUCAAUGUAAAAGAUUGCAACAAGGACACCUUGGCCGAUACGGAUAGUUCUUCAUCGCCCGAGGAAAGUCUAAUUGAGGAGUUGGAAACGUGCCACAUUGAAAACUUUUCAGACACGGAAUAGUCUUGGGCAACAUCAUUGAUUGGGAAUGAAUACUUGGACUUGUUUUGCCUUGCCGAUGAAUGAAGAUUUUUUUCCCUGCUCGGCCAACACAUUCCCGAGUACACCAUAGAGGUCAUCGCUUUGCUACUUUUAUAAUCUCUUGCGUGAACUAGCAUUUGAAGUCGGGUCGAGUUGAUCCUUUUCUUUGAAUGAGUUCUUCAGUACACCUUCGGCCACCUGGCGCUCAGUUCACGUACUAAAUGUUCUCUUGGGGUCACGCCUGAAGCUAUUGGGCGGGAAUCCGAAAUGUCGAUACUCGAUCUUGUGAGUUAACAUGAGCGUUGAAACCAGUUUGUUCCAAAUAUACCAAAGUGAAAAUUU